ACUCCCCCAACUCGCCGCCUCCCUUCUUCCCCUCCGCCAAUUCCUUUCCUUUCCCCACCAACACGAAACGAAACGCCUCCCACCCCGUCUCCUUCCUCCCGAUUUAACCCGCCUCCACCGGCCGUCCUCCGCUCCUCUCCACGCGCCCAGCUCGCCGGAGCCACGCAUUCCCGCUGCCAGCCGGGCCCCGCGCCACCACCGCCUCGCCUUGCCACCGCGCCCGCCCUGGGACCCCCGCCGGAGCGCAUCGACGACCGGCCCCGCGCGGGCGGUCGAUCAACAACAGUAAGCACGCCAUGGCGCCCCACCGCGGCGGUGGCGAUCUCGUCCGCCUUCUCGUGACGCUCCUCCUGGCUGCGACGCCGCUCCUCGCCCCCAUCGCCGCAGAGCCGGAGGCGGAGGUGGCCGCGACCGCCCCGUCGCAGGUCGCGUCCGAGGAGGCCGCGGACGCGGUGGCGGCGGCGGCGCAGCAGCACCUCCUGCCACGCCCGCUCGUCAUCGAGCUCCCGUCGUCCUCGUCAUCGCUGGCGCGGGGCGCGGAUGAGGGCCCGGACGACGUGCCGGCGGACGUGCGCUGCGCGAGCUGGCGGCUCGCGGCGGAGGCCAACAACCUGGCGCCGUGGGAGGCCGUGCCGGCGGAGUGCGCGGCGCACGUGCGGGCCUACCUCACGGGCGCCGCCUACCGCUCCGACCUCGAGCUCGUGGCGCGGGAGUCCGCCGCCUACGCGCGCGCCGCGCCGCUCGGGGGCGACGGCCGCGACGCCUGGAUCUUCGACGUCGACGAGACGCUGCUGUCGAACCUCCCCUACUACGCCGACCACGGAUACGGGCUUGAAUUGUUCGACCACCUCGAGUUUGACAAGUGGGUGGAGAGGGGGGAGGCGCCGGGGAUUCCCUCCAGCUUGAAGCUGUACAAAGAGGUUCUCGAGCUCGGAUUCAAGGCCAUCUUGCUCACGGGCAGAAGCGAGGGGCACCGGGGCGUCACGGUGGACAACCUCAACAAACAGGGGUUCCACGACUGGGAUAAGCUCAUCCUCAGGACAGCGGCUGACCGCAAAAAAACCGCGACAACCUACAAAUCGGAGAAGAGGAAGGAAAUUGAAGCAGAAGGGUACAGGAUCCUGGGCAAUUCAGGGGAUCAGUGGAGCGAUCUGCUAGGCUCUUCCAUGAGUGCGCGCUCCUUCAAGCUCCCCAACCCAAUGUAUUAUAUCCCAUGACAAACAAAAAAAUAGGGCGGGUGAAAAUGUUUAUUCGACCUUUUUCACCAGGCCUAAUGAUAGAACUGCAUACUGACUAGAGCUAUGGAAUUUGAAAUAAUUUGGCAAUGAAAUUUAAACUGUACAAAAGCAUUACUAACUUCCUGUAGUAUACAUUACCCCUGGAUAAGCUGAAAUGUAACGGAUCAGAGUUAACUUAUGAAUGCGAGUCCUUCAGAAUGA